GAGGGAAGGUAGGAGCGAGCCGGUGCAGUGUACGCUGGCUGCCUGACUGACAGGAAAGAGAUUGAUGGAUAGAGCCGUGCAGCGUACAUAACACCAGUUCUCCUCUACCUCGUCUUCUUCUUCUUCUUCUCUUCAUCUUUCUCUCCUCCAUCUGUUCUUCCCCUCGCUCCAGGACCCCUCCCUCAGUGCAUCUAUUUUUCCUCCACGGCGCUCCAUGCUGGCAGAGGGAAUUCUCUAAGUCAAGCUCUUUAGCACUGUUUCCUCAGUGCGCUGGGAAUUCUGUCACAAGGGAUUGGAUUCAUUGGGAACUGUGGGAUGGCAGCGAUUGAGGCAGACAGUCUGGCAAGAGGAGCCACGGCAGCUGUCUGUCCAUCUCAUCCUGGUUUAAUCCUAAGUGUCCCAAGAAUCCCACACCUGGAGUUCUGCCUUGCAUGUAGAGAGCUGCUGGCAGAGUUCAAGGACAGGAAGCCCAACGCGCUGGUGCAGGUGGCUGUGCUGGAUGCUCACGAGCAGGGAAUCAUCGCGUAUGCCUGCACAGAGGUGGUGGAGGGAACAAGAGAUCCUGUGUUCCUGACUGGUGUGAGCUUGUCGCCCGAUUGGCCCGUCUACGAGGACAGCCUCAUCAAGCUCAGCGUCUAUGAUGUGAAGGACAAGCACCACCAGAUGAGCAGUUUCCUGGGCAGUGCUAGCUUCUCCGUAGCUGACCUAAUCAAGUCAAAGGACCAGCAGCUUUCUCUCAGCCUAAGAACGGCAGAUGAUUCGGCUGCUGUGGGGACGGUGGUCGUGUCUCGCCUGAAGAUGGGAGAGAUCGAGGAUGGCGGUGUGGAUCACAUUGCCACUGAUGCACACCAGAAGUGCACCCUGGUGUGUGAGCCGCACGGGACCACGAAUGACAAGGAUAACGGGCCACUGAUGAAUGCAGUGUUUAAGAACCCGGUGUGUAAAGUGUACAGGUUCCAGACCACAGACAGUAAGUGGAUGCUGGUGAGGGAGCAGAUGGCUGAGUGCACUUUGUCCUUCAGCAUCCCCAUCCAGCUCCUCAGACUCUUCAUUCAGGAGGACAGAAACAGGAUCCAGGAGCUGAACAAUCUGGGUGAGCUCUCGCCACACUGGGACAACCUGAGGAGAGACGUCAUCACUCGCUACAGCCAUCUUAUCAAAACCUAUCAGGACACACUCGCUGAGCUGGAGAAGUUCACUGGUCCUUCGUUCAAGCCGAGCUGCAGCAAGGCGCAGAAAUACCUGGAGUUCAUUCCCAUUAAUCUGCACACACAGCGCAUGAGGGUGAUGUGUCCUAGGAAGACAGAUGCCUUCUACGAUGUGAUCACAGUCGGAGCUCCAGCCGCUCACUUCCAGGGCUUCAAGAACGGAGGCCUUCAGAAGCUGCUCAGCCGAUAUGAAGCAGACAAGAAGAGCUACAGUACGGCAUAUCAGUGCAUCUACUACUCUCCAGAGCACACAGCCAAGGCAAGAGAGAUCCUGAGCGUUGUGUCCCAGCUUCAGCCCCUCAUCUGCAGCCUGGCCGAGCGCCUGCUCCAACAAGCCCAGCAACGCUGCAGCCACAGCCUCCGGGAGGCUCUCAAGAGUCUGGAGGAAAAGACGGAGCAGUUUGUGCAUUCUCUGAAGGACGAGUUGGUGAAGAAUGCUCUCUUCGCACUCCACGCAGCACGACCCGGUUACAUGAACAAGAGCCAGAUUUCAAGCCAACCCGAUACACACCUAACCCAAACCGUGACCUCGGACCAAAACCAGAGCCGCGAGCCGAACGUCGUCAUCUGCAACAACGUGUCCGGAUCUCAGACGCCCCCCAAAAACGAAGCUCGUCAACAACAAGACCUCCCCCACCACAAGGAGUACGACGAGGAGGAAUGGGACAGGGUGUGGGCCAACGUGGCCAAAGGUCUGAACUGUGUCAUCGCCAUGGUGGAUAAACUUCAGGAGCAGGACAACAACAACCAGGAGUCUGCUCCUGACCAGGCGCUCGCUGAUGUCAUCACCUCCCACAGUCCCGCCAAAUGUCCUGCAGCAGAUCCUGCAAAAGUCUUCAACCCCAAACAUGUUGCAUGUUGGGAAACAUCACCACUGCUCACAUCCUCCAGACAUGAUGAGAUGAAGAUGAGAGCGAAGACAACACCCAAAUUCACUGCAGACUGGAGGGAGCAGCUCAGCCCUUUGGUGGUGGCGCUGAAGGACUGUGUAAACGAGGUGGCAGACCGAGCGAGCAAGUCCAUGAGUUUUGUUCUCCUCCAGGAGGCAGCGUGCAGCACACCAUCCGGCCUCCAGCUCCAACAGAGACGUGACACUGUAUUCAGCCAAGCGUUGGCUGCACUAGCCUGUGGUUUUAUCAUGCGGCUGUACUCUGGAAUAGAGGAUAAGGGCUUCAUCAGGCAACUGCACACAGUUGGAGUGGUGGCCCAGUUUGAGAGCUUGCUCAGUACAUACAGUGAGGAGAUAGGAAUGCUGGAGGAUAUGGAGGUGGGAAUUUCCGAUCUACAGAGAGUCACUUUCAAAAUUACAGAGGCCGCUUCUGAUGACCCCAGCAAUCUGCAGCCGAUUGUCAGUGGCAGACGAGGUUGGGGUCAGAGUGCAGGAUCAGCCAUGAGACAGCACCCCUGGAUCAGAGAGGGUUAAGGCCCUUUCUUAAGGGCCCGACAGUGGCAACUUGGCUGUGCUGGGGCUUGAGCCCUUGUGUGUGUGUGUGUGUGUGUGUGUGUGUCCUCAUUCUACAUGUGACACUUUUAUGGGCUAAGGCUGUUAAGCUGCUAGGAGUUCUCAUUAUAGUCUUAAUGUUCAUUCCAGUCUUUCAAGAGCUCAACUGGAGUUUCUUAGAGGUAAAGCUCUGUGGUUUAAGAGAUGGAGUUCAAAUAAAUGUGGACGUUAAUCUUAAAAGAAACUGAAUUUCUUCAUUAUUUUUAUUGGACUCACUGCUUCUAUUAACUAUUGACUCACAAGCAAGUCACUGCAGUUCUGAACAGCAUCUAUCAUAAGCUCUUCUAAUCCUGGUUCAUCUGAAUUUGUUGAACAGUGUUGCUUUCCCCAACAGCAUAUUUAUCACUGUUCCUGUGCAUGUCCAAGAGCUAUUACGUCUUUGUUUUGUUUUAGCACGUUAUGUUGAAAUAUCCUCAGUGUUUCCGGAUUGGACUGAAAACAUGCCUAUUUCAAAAAAAAAAAUACCAGCCCGAAAUGCAUACUGUGAUAACUAAUCCAAUAGCAAACAGAAAACCCAAAACAAAUGGGUUAAUGCACUAUUUAGACACACUGUUGGCUACCUGUAUACGUUUUAUUUAAUUAUCAAACAUGACAUCAGAAUAAUAGAGUAUAAACACACUUGGAUGGGGUCAGAGCCCAGGGGCAGAUAUGAUACAGCGCCUCUGGAGCAGGGAGGGUUAAGGGCCUUGCUCAAUUGCCAACAGUGGAGCUUGGUGGUGCUGGGGCUUGAACCCCGAUCCUCCGAUCAACAGCCCAGAGCCUUAAUCACUGGAGCCACCACUUCCCUAUGAUGCUGCCACUUUGUUAUGAUGAUGAUUAAAAAAAAACACUUACAGCUUUGCUAAUAACUUUGUGAUAUUAGUUUAACGAGUACAAUGAUUACAACAACACGCCAAUGAGGAUUGAAAUCUGAUUGGACAGGACUCUCUUUAACCUUACUGGCUAAACUGAACCAUAUUAUAGAUAUAAAACAUCAACAUUACAUAUUAUACUUUAUUGUAAAGUAGGUUUGAAUGGAAAAUUAAUAAAAUGUCAUGGUUAUUGUCGAAAAUAAAAACCCGCCAGUUGCACCCAAAACCAGCCUAAAUUUUAUCAACUCGCCAAAUACAUUUUUUCCCGGUUAAACUUGACCAAAAGGAGCCCGAUUGGAUGGGAACCUGCCCAAUCUGACAACACUGAAUAUCUCGCUGUCGUGAUUGUACUACAACAAGGAUUUCACGCGAGGAUGUCUCUUCUUUCUAUUUUUAACAAAUAAACGCCAGACAGUUUUCUUCUGGUUAAUGAGGUCGAUUUGGGUGUAACAUAGCAUGAAUUAGCUGCAGUAUUAAUUACGUUCAUUAAUGCUAUUAAAGUUCCAAACUCUCAGUGCCGGUCCCAAGCCUGGGUUAAAAUCCGGCGUAAAAACCUGUGCCGAAGUGGCACACGAGGCCCGAAUGAUCCGAAAUAGGGAGCGACCCCAAAUAGCAGGGAUCGGCCGAAAGAACAUCAAUGAUAUUAAAAUUCUGAGAGUGUAUGUGUGCAUGCUGUACAUGCAUGUGUGUGAGAGAGAGGAAGAAAAGCAUCCGAUACACUACACCACCUAGAAUCCGGUGUCAUCUGAUUGGCUCAUA